CUCCGCGCGGUCCGCCCGUCAACAUUUAUUUAUAUAUUAUUUAUAAAAGAACGCGUGUGAUUUGUUUACUAAACGGCCAUUUUGUUUUUUUUUUUGUUGGAAACGGAAAUCGGAACGUGUUGCGUUCUGAAUUUUGUUAUAUGCGUUUAAGAUUCCUUAGUGUUAUAGUGAUGAAAAUAAGCCGAGGAUUCUUUUUAUAAGAAUUCAUCAACAAUCUAACGUUAACAAGAAGAUAGAUUAAAAAAGGCGAGAGACCGCGAACGUUCGAGACAUACCGAAUACACGACUUGGUGACGUCACAACAUGGCGUCUACCGACAAUUCGACCUCCAGCCAAAUAUCUGCAGCAACCGAAGAACACAAGCGCACGGUCGACGAAGCUUUCCUCAACAAGAUGAAAGGCCUCGUCGAACGGCUGCGGCUUGAGAACGCUACCUUGAAGAAGUCGCUCGACGUCGAGCGGAGCGAGGUACGAGCACUCAAGGCCCGACACGAAAGUUCGAUAAGAAACUUAAAGACUGAAUGGAAAAAGAAGGAAGACCUCCUAGAGAAACAGCUGAGAGCUAACAAAACUGACAAAGUCGACGAUUUAUCUAACAAUAAGUUGAUGGAACUUAAAAGGUUGACAACAGAAAUUCAGUCUUUAAAAACUGCGAAUAAGGGUCUUCAAGAGAAACUCAAGGUUGCCCAAGCGGCGGAAUGCGCCCGCGCGGCGGAGUUGCGAGCGCAGGUCGCGAAGCACACCGCUCUGGAACACGCCGCGAGGAGAGAUGCGCGCGCGCAUACACACAAACUGCUGGAGGAAAUCAAAUCGAAGGAGCGGGUGAUCAUACAAUUGAAGAGAGAGGCGGCGCGGGCGUCUAAUGAUCAGACGCAAAGGAUGGAGUUCGGCACCACAAGCUCAUGCAGAAAGCGUGGUGACCAGACAAAAGAGAAGAAUAACAGGGAAGUUUUGAAAACAGACAUACAACAUCGCAAAGAAACAUUCUACAGGGAGGGUCCGUCGGACGAAGACUCCGCUGUGUCGUCUGCUCCAGCCUCUCUUUCCCCUCAACCUCUCAACGAAAUGUGGUCUCGAUGGCCACAGUGCGGGCAAUGCACGCGGCUGUCAGACGCGCUGAGAGACGCGCGCGAUCAACUCGAACUGAUGGAGUUCAGGCUGCUGGAGCUCGAAGACGCCGCGCCUGAUAAGGGUGCUAGGGAGAAUCUAACGGACUCUGAUUCUGGCUGCGUGUCCCCUGGCUCUCGGAUCAAAGACUCCGCGUCACCAGAGCUCAAACGGAUGGACUCCGGUUACAAAUCCCCACAUGUACCAAGCAGUCCGAAUCCAAAAAGACACGCACACAAUGACUUCAAGGAAGACUUUGCUAAAGCUCAAGAGAUUAUGGAGAAUUCCGAAAGCGACUCGCUUAAAAGCAACCCGGUGAAAGAUCAUUUGGAACAGAUGAUACUUAACGCUGUCUCCGUUGAAGAUAGGAAUUGUUUGGAACAAGUACUCAUGAUGCUGUAUAACUUCCAAGCGUUAAGCAGUUCGGUCAGUGAAGAUGAAUGCUUUCAGUCAAAACCAAGGAGAAUAUGUGAUCUGAGACAAAAAUUGGAUAUAGAUAUUCCUCUGCACAAAACCCACAAAGCAAUCGCAACAGUCACACCUUACCAACAGAAGGGAUAUAAAUCAUCAUUAGAAAGUCUCUGCGAUGAAAGGAAACCAAAUAACAUUUUACAAGAGAGCGGUAUUUUUGAAGAAGUCGAAUCUGAAAGCAAGGGUACACAAACCGACAACGAGAGCUUUGAGUUCAGCGGUGAACUGAACACUGAAAUACAACGACUGAAUAGUAUAAGGGAAAAGUUAGAGAAGCAGGGUGUUAGGAAUAGGACGCUCAAGGACGAAGAUAAUCUAGAGUGUAAAUGCGUUAAGUUGGGCAAGAAACACAAACAGUAUUACGAGAGGAGGCUUAAGUUUUUGGAAGGGAAGAUUUCGAUAUACGAAGCGGCUUCAGACGUGAAAGAGGCGAAGUUAGCGAAGAGACUUCAAAAGGAAUAUCAGUUGGAAAACAGAAUACAGGAAUUAGAAAAUCAAGUAUCAGACCUUCAAGACAAGUACGACAGGUUAGAAGAGGAGUUCUGUGAACUGGAAGAAAUAGAAAACGACACACGUCUACAUUGGCAACAGUUAGAGAUGGAGUAUGAGCUGUGUUCUGCGACCCUCCGCGACAUGACUGAACAACGCGAAUGUUCCCGAGCCCAGGCCGAGCGACUGGCAGCGCAGCUCGCUGACAAGGAGUGCGCCUUAAGAGCCAGAGAGGCUGAAUUAUUAUCUAGACUCGAGGGCUUGGAAAAGGCUAUACCGGCUCUCAUCAUGUGGAAUAUAGUGCAGGCUGUUGGACACACUCUCUCUUACGGCGGACGGCAUGCUCUAAUGAGCCGAAUGGGUCCAUACGGACAAACAAGAAAAUCAGUAAUCGCUCACAUAGAACAGAGGAAUAAGGAACACGAAAUAUGCAAUUCUUUGGUUGCUUACAACGAUAAUGUAUCGAUGGGUACGAGGCAGCUACAGAAACAAAUCACCACACUGAUAUCAGAAAAGAAAGAAGUAGAGAAGCAAGCGAUGGAAACGAAGAAGAAAUUGGAGCAGAACGUUAAGAUGUUGGAAGAAGAAUUAGAAACUGUUAAGCGACAACUUGCGGCGACUUCUAGUUGCGCUGAAGCUAAGAAGGGAAAGAUAGAAGAUAAAAUCGUUGAAUUAGAAAAUAAGAUUGCUAAAGAAAAACACGAUCAAAAGCUGCCAGCCGAUACGUCGACGUUACAAGCUCUGUUGCUGCGCGAGCAGGCGUUACAACAGAGGAUCGAGGAGUUGGAGACGAGGGAGCGAGCCUACUUGGACAUGCUGACACAGGCCGACGAUAUGUGGGCCGAGAUGGAGGGAGGGUACAAGAAGAAAAUACACGACUGUACUACCGUACAGACAGAGCUGAAGGGAAAGGUGAAAAAAUUAGAAGAGGAGAGAGAUCAGUGGAAGAACUGCUUCGAGCCUCUGAGGAAGAAGUUGAGGGAGAUAGAAGAAUCUGAAUCCGGCAUGAGAAUAGCAUUGGAGAAGGCCGAGAGAGAUGCGAAGAAUCUGAAAGUACAGAACACGAACCUCGCGGCGUUGUUCGCGAAGGCUGACGCCGAUGCCAAGAAGGCUGAGGUCACUGUCAGGGAUUUGGAAUAUAAGUUCAAGAGGGAGACGGAUCAACUCCGGAAAACGAAUAAGCAGUUGGAUGAAGAUUUGAAGAAUCAUAAGGAAGUCGCCAAGAAAACUGAGAAAUGUUACAUAGGAGACUUGGACUGCAUCAGGAAAGAGCUGACGAGAGCGUGCAAGAACAAUCAAGAGUUAGAAGUGACGAACAGCGAACUUAAGGAAGAGGUCGAAUCUCUGGAAAAGCAGCUGGCUUUAACGCAAAAAGCUUUAAAUCAAUGUAAAAGGAAAUGCGACGAUAGAGUUAAGACAAUGAGCCACGAGCUCUCCAUCAAAACGGAGGAACUGGAGGAGUUGAGAAGCGAGACGCUAAGGAACACCUACCACACGUCCAGAGUCGACCUCAAACCCGACAGGACCGAGUACGUCGACGAGGGGUACUCCAUAUACACAGACAUACCAAAGAAAGAUUACGGCAGGAUGCAUCACAGCAUGAGCUAUAUAUCAGAGUCAAAAUGUUCCUGUCCGUCCAUGAGGAACCAGUUAGUCAGCCAGCUGAUAGAGGAUCUCUUCGAUAGAAUCCACAACUCAGUUGACGAGGAUUUGAGCCAGUUGUGCAGCGACAUCGGGCCCGUCAACGGCAAAGUCAGUGCGGAGGCCAAGUCCAAAAUCAUGAACUACCUCCUCAUGGCGAUAUCUAAGGAACUUAUCAGGUCCAUAGGAGACGCUGAUGCUAAAACCGACAGCGAGGAGUGGCAGCGUUCUGCGGCAUCCUACACCGGCGGACCAAGUUAUAGUGGUAAUGCUGGUGUAGUGAGAGGCGCUGCUCGGCUGGCCAGUGUAAGUUGCGCUUGCGCAGCCGCAAGACUAGCAGCCGCUGAGCCGCAACUAGCAGCAGCUGUUAGGAUGUGCCAAGAGGAAGUUCUGGAACACGGGGACGUGAAAAUUAUGGAGGAGCAACUAGCGAAUGCGAUUGAGAGUAUUGUUAAUUGUCCGUCUUGUGCGCUGGGCACAAACGCGAUAGUUUGGAGUACAGACGUUUAGUGAUCGUGUUUUAAUGAUGUGUUAUUGUUGUAUUUUCAUUUCCAGUCAACCUCCACCGACCUCACACUGGUGCCUUCAUUGUUUUAGCGAGUGACUUUUGUGUAUAUACAUUGUAUUAUACUAAGAUUAUAUUAAAUAAGCGAACGUAACGAGAAAUCUCACGACUCAGAUGCUUCGAAGUGAUUUGUUUAAAGUUUUUUUUUUUAUCUUUAUCUGUACGUUAAAGUAAUUUAUAAUUUCCGUGCCAAUUGUGUUUUGUAAAUAACUACAUGUAUAAUUAUAUAAUAUGUUUUUUGUCCUAGCUCGUUUGUCGAUCUAUUAAUAAUAAAAUUCCGUUAUAACGAAUGUAUCCACACGUCUCACGGUUUUGAGGAUGUUAUUAAUUGUAAUAUUAAUUUCAUUUGAUUAAAUGAAUGCUAUAUUUUA